CACAGCUCAGGCAGCAAUUGGUACAGGGACAGCAAACCAGGCUGCAUCUGCUCAGCCCCAGUCACAAGCUAGCUCCCUGCUUCCUCCAAGUGUGUGUGGUGUGUGUGCGUGUGUGUGUGUGCGCGCGUGUGUGCGCGCGCUAGACACAGGCAUCCGCUCCCAGCAUCUCGCUGUCUCCUGCAUCCUCCGGCAGCAAGUGCAGGGCUCUGGUUCCUCGGGUACCACCCUCACCGCUCCAUCCCCCGACAGGAAUUUGCACACGAGGCACAGGAUGUGGUGAGCACCCACGGGUGGAGAGGGGGUUGCGGCCAGAGGCAGCGGCGAUGGACACCGUGUGGACCUCUGUCUAGGGCUCGUGUUCCCCAGACGGACCCUCACCCUGAGCCAUGGGGGUGCUAAUGUCCAGGCGGCAGACAGUGGAGAGGGUGCAGAAGGUGAGCUUGGCCGUGUCAGCCUUCAAGGACGGGCUGCGGGAGCAGCCAUCGACACGGCGCCGGGGAGAGGCGGGGACCUCACGCCGGGGGACGCUGGAGCAGGAGGUGCAGGAAGGAGAGGAGGAGGCAUCGGCAGGACCUUCCCAGCCAGAGGAGAGCAGUGCCAGUGCCAGUGCCAAAGCAGCCUGGGAACGGCUGCGGGAUGGCCGGGGCGUGGAGCCAGAGGAGUUUGACCGGGCCAACAGGUUCACGCCACCCGCCUUCAUCCGGCCCAAGCGGGAGCUGCACGAUGAUGAGCCCCCAGACAUCAACCUGGAGCAGAGGGAGCAGAUCGUGAAUGACGAAAUGUGUGAGAUCUGCGAGGUGUGGACGGCCGAGAGCCUCUUCCCGUGCCGCAUCUGCCCCCGGGUGUACCACGACGGCUGCCUGCGCCGCAUGGGGUACCUGCAGAAGGACAGCACCGUGGAGGUGACGGAGACGGCGCACACCGAGACGGGCUGGAGCUGCUACUACUGCGACAACCUCAAUCUGCUGCUGACAGAAGAAGAGAUGUACAGCCUGAUGGAGACCUUGAAGAACUGCAAGAUCAUUCCAGAGACCUGCCUCACCCUGGAUGACUUCCUGCGCUACAAACACCUGCUGCACAAGCAGCAGUUUGAGAAGCCCAUGGCCGAGGCACAGGAGGAGCAGGCAGCCCUGCAGUUCAAUGCCCUGGACCCCGACAAGAAGGGACACAUCGAGUGGCAGGACUUCCUCUCCCAUGAGUCCAUCCAGCUGCUGCAGAAACUACGGCCACAGAAUGCCCUGCUGCGGCUGCUGACACCCAAGGAGCGGGAGCGGGCACGGGCAGCCUUCCUGGCCCUGGACCAGGACAACGAUGGCUUCAUAGGGGAGGGCGAGUGUCGCCAGGCCCGGCACACCUGGUUCCGCAAGCACCAAAAGGAGAUGCUGUCCUGCAAUGUCAGCAUCAGCCAUGUGGGGCCCAUAUCGGAGGGCAGCCCUGCCAGCAGCAGGAAUGGCAAGAGCCCAGAGAAGAUCCUGCCAGCCACGAAGCAGGAGGAGCCCAGGACCGUCGACUGGCCCGGCUUCCUGCGGGAGAAUGUCACCUACAUCCUGGCCGCACGCCCCAACAGCGCCGCCCUCCACCUGCAGCCCCCCGCCUAAUCCCCGCGGCGCGUCGAGGGCGCGACGCUGCUCCCGCCAUGCAGACCUGCCCCACCCGCCCCUGGGGGCGGAGCUG